AUGGCUGGCAAGUCCAAGCACACCUUCCCCGUCAUUUGCUUAGCCAUCCUCGACAGAUACCCCAGAAACUACGACCCGAAACUAGCAGAACCUUUCUUCCAAAUGCGCGAAGAACUUCUAACAGAAUUCAAUGAACAUCUUGGCGACGAUGGAAUCUUCCUUUAUACAACCUAUCCGGAUGUAGCCCCAUACCACAUGGAAAUGUUCUUCAGGCCGUUCAGUGUGGGCUACUGCAUCAUAUUCAACAUUCUGGGCUUGACAGUGACGCAGUGUCCCGUGGGCCUUGGGUCUAAAGGAAUGCCUUUGGGCAAGUAG